AUGCCUGACCAUUUAGGUGAUGACAUGAGAAAAGUGAAAGAUGACAAAGAAGAACCGGAAAAAGAAAUAAAAUCUCUUGAUGAAGGAGAUAUUGCACUAUUGAAAUCAUAUGGCCAAGGUCAAUAUACCAAGAUAAUAAAAGAAGUAGAAGAAGGCAUACAGACAGUAAUGAAGAGAGUCAAUGAACUCACUGGUAUCAAAGAAUCAGAUACGGGAUUGGCUCCUCCAGCAUUGUGGGAUUUGGCUGCCGAUAAACAAACCUUACAAAAUGAACAGCCAUUACAGGUUGCCAGAUGUACUAAGAUAAUCAAUGCAGAUUCUAAUGAUCCCAAAUAUAUAAUAAAUGUAAAACAGUUUGCCAAGUUUGUGGUGGACCUAGCUGAUUCUGUAGCACCAACUGAUAUUGAAGAGGGAAUGAGAGUUGGAGUUGACCGCAACAAAUAUCAGAUUCACAUUCCACUACCCCCAAAGAUUGAUCCUACCGUCACUAUGAUGCAAGUUGAGGAGAAACCAGAUGUUACAUAUAGCGAUGUUGGUGGCUGCAAAGAACAAAUUGAGAAACUAAGGGAAGUUGUUGAAACACCAUUGUUACAUCCAGAGAAAUUUGUAAAGCUGGGAAUAGAACCUCCAAAGGGUGUGUUGUUAUUUGGCCCACCUGGUACUGGCAAAACCCUAUGUGCUAGGGCAGUUGCCAACCGGACGGAUGCAUGCUUUAUUAGAGUCAUUGGCUCGGAGCUGGUGCAGAAGUACGUUGGUGAGGGAGCACGCAUGGUACGCGAACUAUUCGAGAUGGCGCGCAGCAAGAAGGCCUGUCUCAUAUUCUUCGACGAGAUCGACGCUAUCGGCGGUGCCAGAUUCGAUGAUGGCGCCGGCGGUGACAAUGAGGUGCAGCGUACAAUGUUGGAGUUGAUCAAUCAGCUCGAUGGGUUCGACCCUCGUGGCAACAUCAAGGUGCUGAUGGCCACCAACCGGCCGGACACCCUGGACCCGGCGCUGAUGCGGCCCGGCCGCCUCGACCGCAAGGUGGAGUUCGGCCUGCCCGACCUGGAGGGGCGCGCCCACAUUUUCCGCAUCCACGCGCGCUCCAUGAGCGUCGAGAGGGACAUACGCUUCGACCUGCUCGCCCGCCUCUGCCCCAACUCCACCGGCGCCGAGAUCAGAUCGGUUUGUACCGAGGCGGGCAUGUUCGCGAUCCGCGCCCGCCGCAAGGUCGCCACCGAAAAGGACUUCCUGGAGGCGGUCAACAAGGUCAUCAAGUCGUACGCGAAGUUCUCAGCCACUCCGCGUUACAUGACCUACAAU